AUGAGCGCCUUUAUCGCUAGGGCACUCCGAGCCCGCUCCCCAGCCAUCUCUCCUUCCCGGUCCGUCUUCUUCGUCCGCUUUGUCACCACGGUUCAUGAAUCGUCAACCUCCAUUGCCGUCGAGACCGCGAUCCCUCCCUCAAAGCCUAUGACAGGUUCAACCAUAGUCCGGAACGCCACCGAAUCUACGAGAACCUCUAAACGAGCCUACCUUGUCGACCUUACCCCAUCCAAGAACUACCCUGUGUAUCCCCGCACCAAAUCUGCUGGGCAAUCCAAGUUUACGGUCAUCAAGCGCAUUGCGGGUGACAAACGUGCAUUUGCACAGGACCUUGCCAAUGCCACAGGUCUUCCGAGGGAGGAUAUCACGAUAUCGCCUGUGACGGACCAUGUUCAAAUUAAGGGUCUACAUGUCACGGAAGUAAAGAAGUGGCUUGCUGACGAAUUUGGUGAUCCUCAUAAGCCCACCAUAAAUGUUGAGGGGCCAUCGCCUUAA